AUGUCUGUACUUUGGUUGGCAUUGGCUUUAUUGGUUCUGAUCCUGUUCCUACUGUACAACUUUUCCACAACAAUGAAUUAUUACAUGCGGAUAUCAUUUUUCUACGCAACUAUCUUCGCUCACGGAAUGGAAUGCACCGUCACGUUAUUUCCUUCUUGGCUCAAACAAGGGGUCAGUUUAUUUUACCUUUUAUAAGUCAGGGUCAAUAAUUUUUAGCCUAUUUAUAAAUUUUUUUUAAGCUCGAAAUUGUAGUUGAUAUGAUCAGAAAAACUUCUAACAUAAUUGAAAAAAAUUUAUCACAAGUGCGCUCUAACAAGAUAUAUUGUUUUUAACCAGAGUCUUUUUAAUUAGAAAAUAAAUAAAAAGAACUUAAAAAAAUAUUCGUCAUUUUACCAGGUAAACUUCAAAAAAAAGUGCGAAAUAUUUUUCGAAUGAAUGAAAAUAAACGUUUCACGUGGAGCGUACUUGCCCUAAUUUUUUUUCCCACAAAAAAGUUAAGAAAAUUUUAUUUUCCUCGUCGCGUGGAAGUCAUUUUGUUUCACAAUCGGACUAUUUUUAAACAGGAAAAACUAGAAAAAAUCUCCAAUUUGUCGAUUUUUGGCUGUUAAUUUAUGUUUUAUGAAGAUUAUGAAGAUUCCAAAUGCUGAAAAAUAAAAGGUUUUGAAAAAAAUAAAAUGGAUGGAAACCUAUUGAAAACUUUGAUUAUGAAGUAAAUUGUUAGGAGAGUAAGGAAAAUUGCAAAGCUCUGCAAGUUUGUUCUGAAAGAUGAUGUAUAGUGAAAACAUUUUUAGUGGCUACUAUAGGGUUUUGACGUUUUAGUGGUCACUAUAGUAGUCAAAUUAGUGACCACUUAAGGGGAUAUAAAGUAGUGGCCACUGUAGAGGUCUAAACGUUACUACUAGACCUUAAAAACUUUAGUGGCCACUUUAGGAAUCAAUGGAUCAUCAUAACCAGUCCAAUCUAUUUGUUUUGGUGUUGGUUAGAUAUACGAAAUUAAGUUACCGGAAUCAAAAUUUCAGAUAAUUUGGUUCAAAAAUCCUUACUAGACUGUUUUGAGGCUCAAAGCUCACAGAUAACCUCGAAAAUAGCUCUUAUUCAAAAAAGGCUUUAUUGAACGUUUGAAAAGGUCGUCUUCUCAAGACCAUUCGUUAAUUUGGUCCAUGCUUCUUUCUAACAAAAUUAUUUCUACAGUGGACGAGAGAUUUUGGGGGAAAAAAAGCUCGUCUCUCAUGUUUUUUGACCUCCACUGUACAGCUCAGCGACGUUUUUUUCUUCCCGCGAAAGAGCCAAUGAAAGAUGAAUGAGCAUCAUCCAGGAGGUUCGGAAAAAUGAGAAAAUUUUCGAGGAAAAAAAAAGAGCUGUGCAUAAGAAAGGUCACGCGAACUCCUUGUUGUCCAUCGCCAUGCAUAAGAAGGAGAAGAAGAAGAAUUUCUUCUCUUUUUAGAAAAAAAAGGACUUCUCAUGAAUAAUUCGAGGCCGUGCUGACAUGCGACAAAUGAGCGGCUCGAAUGGAGGAAAAAUGAAGCCAGAAGAAAAAAAAAAGGGUGUACCAAUUUGCCCUUUUUGGGUGGUCCUUUGUGGACAAAAAAAAUGAGAAAAUUGAACGAGUGGGUCUUUUUUUGCAAGUUUUGACUUUUUUUCGAAAAAUUUUUUCUGGUUUUUUUCGAUUUAAAAACACAGUGAAUGAGUCUCUUGGAAAACUAUCUUUUUUUAUAAUUAAAAAAAUUUAAACGUUUGCCAUUUUUGUUUUUUUGAUCGGUUUGGAUGGUCUCUUUUUCAUUUUUGAAUAAUAAUUGGACGUUAAAAAAAUAUUCAAAAUGAAAUGAGAAAAAAACUGAAAAAAACCAAGAGAUUUUUUUAUGGUUUUUUUGAAUUUUUUUCGGAAGAAUUUUUGUGAAAUGACUACAGAAAAUACAGUAAAAAAAGACUAGAUACCAAAUUUCAGAAUUAUUUAUUUUUCUAUUUUUCCACUGAAUUUAUCCGAAAAUAGAGCUAAAAAAACGUCAAUUUUUUUCGAAAAAAACGGGAAAAAAAUAUUUUUUUGCUUUUUUUAAAAUUCGCUGAGCAUCAACCAUAGUAAUGAUUUCAUUUCAAACUUUCAUUUUUUGAUUGUUAGUAUUUUUCUUCUAGGAUUAUCCAGCGGUUUUUGGAGUAUAUUUGAAAUUUCGACCUUAAAAAAAUUUUUUUAGAAUCAAUCUUCUUUUUUUAUCCAAAAAAAUAUCCUUCAAGGAUGAUUUUUCAAUCAGAUUCAGUUCUAUUCUAGUGAAAUUCUAGGUUCGAGAAAUGAUUUUGAGAUUAAAAAGAGGUUAUUUCACAUUCAACGAGCAAAACGGGAUUUUUUAAAAGGAAAAAUUGCUCGUUUUGAAAAGAUUCUUUGGUAACGUUCCUAGUGAAGAGUGUCCUUUUUUCGAAACUGAAAAUCUCUUCCAAAAAUACUCUUUUCAAUCAGAUACGGUUGCGGUAGUUUUGGGGGAGAGAGGAGGAGAAGACGAAUGGGAAAACGAGUCAUUCCGAGUUUUUAGAGCCUUUUCUCGGGCGGUGAUUUAUGCCCGUGUUUAUGGGUCUGCCCACUUGGCAGAUUGCGUGUUUCCCAAACAUUUUUUCGAACCAAAACAACGUGCUUUGUUUUUUUUUGUCCUACUUGCGGUUGUUAACAAGAGAGUCUUUUGCUGUUGAGAAAGUAAUGGGGAUUGAGAAAAUGACCGGGAGUUUUCGGAAAAAUAAUAAAAGUUAACAAGUUGAUUCAGUCAAGAGAGAAGUCAUGAUCAUGGAAUAAAAGAAGAUUUGAACGUCAGUUUGCGGAGUCGCGUUUAAAAAGAAUGAUACGCAGCUGAUCUUGUUCUUUUUCGGUAGGAAAUUGAGCGACCCGACGAUCACUGCUUCUCCACCAAAAAAAAAACAGUAAAACAAAAUUUUUUAAUAGCUCGGAUAUGGUGAAGCUGAUACGCAAUGGAAUUUUCAGAAAAGUAUGAAAAUUUAGCUUUUAUAAAGACAAUACUUGGAGUCUCCUGAAGCUAAAAAUUUGUCAGACCAUUUCAAAAAAAAGUUCGAAAUAAGGUAAUGAUAUGCUAAAGAAGAUGAAAAAUCUAACAUCACUACUAAAUUUCGCUUUUUUCCCCAAUGUUCUGAGAAAAAAAAAAUUAGAAUUUUAUUCAGAUCUACCGAUUUCUUUUUUUCGUUUUUUCUUCUCAAAACUCAGAUUGACGUGAUCUCAAAGGCCUAGAUACCGAUAUUUUUCCCAUUUUUUUGUCUUUUUAAAGGGAAAUCGGGGGGAACCAUGUUAAAAAAAUUUAGAAAUCUCAAAUUAGAUUAAAAUUCAAAAAAAUUUUUUUCUCAAAAAUGAAAUGCAAAUUGUAAAAAGUUUGUUCAGCAUAAAAGCUCAAAAUUCAAUUUCCUUGGGAAAAAAAGGAAGUAGUGGAAAAAAAUUUUUUUCUCUGAUUUUUUUAUAAUUUUCUUUUUACUUUUUUUGCUAUUGGCUGAAAGUUUUUUUAAUUAAAAAAACAUUUUUUUAGGAACUUCCAGAUAGAAAAAAAUUCGGUUCUACGGUAGGUUUCUAGCAUUUUGAAAAGUUUUUAGUGGCCAUUUCAGAGUUUCAAAGUUUGAGUGGCCCCUGUAGUAGUCGCUUUAGUGACCACUUAAACGGAUUAGCUUUGAUGACGUCAUUAGAAGUCUAAGUUGUACUACUAUAUCAAUAAAAAACUGCUAUAGUGGUCACUAAGAGGCAAAAUAGAAGCUUCUUUAAAUGUGGUUCGAGUGGCCACUUGAGUUUCCUUUCCUAGAGGAGCCUCUUAAGCGAUCACUUGGAAUUUACCUACAAUUAUUUUUUUCAGGGCGCCGACCUGGUCUUCCACAAGUUCUACUAUUGGUGCUUUUGGACUGGGGUUCAUGUGGAAGUCCGGGACCAAAGUCUGAUGGACAAGGUCCAAGGACCUGCCGUCGUCAUCGCUAAUCAUCAGGUGAUUUUAUCAGGAAGUAAAAAAAGAAGAAGCUAAGAUUGGACAUUUUUUCUUCUUUAAUUGCUCGAAAAACCAAGGCUUCUCAUUAGGAGCUUUGAAAGUGAUUUUCUCCAGUUCAUGAUGCUGUAUUAAACGGGAAAUCGGUUGGAAAAAAAAAAUUGAAAGUGGGACAAAAUAAAUCGAUAUUGUUGAAAAUGAAAAAGGCACUAAUAUACUGAUCCGAAAGCUAUCGAUAAAGUUGAAAUUUUUUUUAAUUUUAAAAGACUAGUAAGAAUUCAAAAAACAUCCGUGUUUUAUUAAUUCGCAAUAGUGCAAAAAAAAAAGGCGGUCACAUUUUGGAAACGCCCGUAUUUUAUAGCAAUCUCCGAAAGAGACUCGAAAAUUAUAAUGCAAAUUCAAAGAUUUAUUUCAAUAUUUGCUGAAACAGGAUUUUACUCAAAUAUAUCGUUAUUAAAAAUUCAAUCAUUAGGGGGUUUAUUUAAGACACUUUAGCUUUAAACGACUUGAAAUUACACCGCAUGCGGCUCUUCCCCUCAAGAACUUUGAAAAAAUUGCCUAUGCGCUUUUGAAACUAUCAGAAGGGAUUUUGGAACUAUGUCCAAGGAGAGAUCCUUGACGCAGGGAAAAAAAAAUAUUACUUUCUUGUAGUUCAUCUCAAAAUGACAUAUAGUUUGAAAUUCCUUCAAAAAUGACUCAAAAUAACACUGGGAGAGGUUCUUCUCCUCAAGAAUUUUUAGAAAAAUUGCCUAUGCGGCUUUAAAUGCCUCGAAAGAGAUUUUCGUAUUUUGCGCUAGAAGAGUCUUAACGCAGGAAAAAAAAAUUCCAAAAUGGCUCAUAUGAAAUGACUCGAAAUAACAAUGAAAGAAACUCUUCUUCUCAAGACCUUUUUGAAAAACUGCCUCUGCGCCUUUAAAACUAUCAGAAGAGAUUUGCGAACUAUGCCCUAGGAGAGGUCUUGACCGAUGGAGAACGAGUGGAAAAACAUCGUUAAGCCUUAAACUUUGCGGGCCUCGAUAAAUCAGCGGCCCUCCGUCGGCGAGAGCAAUUUGUUUUCGGCCCAAGCUUUUGCGGCUUUUCCCGCCUCAAAACCGCAGACGCAGCUGCCGCCGCCCGAUUUACGACCUCUUGAUUUAUUGAAUAAAUAUGUAACUUUUUUUUUCGUUUGCUUCUAGUUAUCUUGGAUCAAAGGGGUGUUGGUAGAACACUUAUGUCGAAGUUUUGAAAUUUUGGUUGAUCUGAAAAUUAAGAUAUUUCUGAAGAGGAUUUACAAAAAUAAAAUAAAAAAAACAGCUUUUUUCAAUCAAAAUUCGAAAGUAUUGCUGGAAAUUUUGUCAAAAAAUUCGUAAAACUUACCGUAACUCAAAAUUUUCUACAGUAACCCAAUAUGGUAUGUACUGUAAAAGUUCCGGAAAUUGGAUUACCUAUCGAUUGAUAUAUUACUUGCCUAGUAAAGACUGUGCAAUACUUAGAUACGCAGGUGCCUACCGUAACCCGGUAAGAGGAAAUGGCUCAAAAAUGUGCUUCCGCAUUUCUGAUGAUGGUUUAUCACACUGGGAGAAGUUUUAUCAAAAUCUGAACAUAUUAUUUUUUUAUGUAUCUUUUUUGCAAAUUACAGAGACAGCGUAUUAGAAGGAAAAAAACAAGAAGGAAAAAUUUUUUUGAAAAUCUUUUUUUAUUUGAGAUUUGAAGCUUAAAGUGAAACUAUAGAAAACAGAAAAAAAAAGCUAAAACUGCCAAGAAAACCUUUUUUUUGAAAAAUGAUCUUUGAGAAAUGUUUUCAAGAAAAAGUACAUGGGGUCGAGGAAUUGGAGCAUGAAUAUUCUCAUGUUUCAAGUGUAUUUUCGUGCAUUUUUGAUUCUCUUAUGAAAAAUGGUCUUUGAGCGUCUUCAGCAACCUUGAAACUUGGAAAAUGUUUCGAAAAGGGGGGAUCUAACCUUUUUUAAAGCGGGAAAGUCAGUUAAGAGCUUUUCUUUUCUACAAAACCCUUCUUGGGAGCUCCCGAGUGGUCCCUAUGGGGGCAAAGUAGGGGGCCUCGGAAAGUCCUCUCUAGGGAGCCAACCCCUACAGGGGUCAGAAGUUUGCAAAAGCGGUCCCUAUAGGGGACAUGCUAAACUGAUCAACGUAGAAGCAUUUCCAUGGGAAAAAUUGAAUAAAUAAGCGUUUUUAAUGGAAUUGACCGACCCCUAUAGGGUCCACUUGAACUUUGAGGGACUUGGGGUCAGAAUUUGAACCCCUAUAGGGACCUCCUUAAUUCUACCCCUAUAGGAAUGACUUUUUCGGCCUCUAUAGGGUUUUGUCCCCCUAACCCCUAUAGGGACUACUCUGGAAUUCCUAAGUAGCUGCUUUGUUCCUUAUUUUGUAUAGCUUUAAUAAAAAACUAAUAUUCACCCGAUUCAAUCGGCCGAAAUCCACAUCUACUUUCAUUCCUAUUUAUACCAAAAGACGAGGCGAAGCGAAUAAAAUCGAGAAGAAAUAUUGUACAACGGCCGUUUCGUCAACUUUUACGACCAUAAUUACCUCGUCGCGGUGACGACUCUUUUUCCAACACGAAAAAUCUCUUUUUUUUCCGAUUUUAUGUGGUGAGGGAGACACAAAAAGUCUGAAAAGUUGUGAAUUUUCACACUAACUUCUACCUACCCCUUCAACAGACUAGCAUGACAAAAAUGAAGGGAAAUAAUUAGUCUGGAUAGCCAUUUUUUCAAGCUAGAUAAGCCCUAUAGAAUUGGAAAAUGCUCCAUUUUUGAACCAGGACGCCAAAAAAUGAUUUUUUAGAGACACCCACGAGAAGCUGGAAUGUGGAAAAUUGAAAAAACUACUUUCUCGAAAAAAAAAAAAUGAAAAAAUUAGAAAAUUCAAACAUUUUUUGCACCGGGACUUGGCCAAGCAAAAAUAUCUCGGACGAAAAUAUUUCUUUUUAUUUGAAUUCAAAAAAUUUUUUCAUGGCCCAUCUUUGAGCUAGAAUUUUGAGUCGGCUUGAAAAUCCCCAUAGGGAUAGAUUUUUGAGAAAAGGUUCUCUGGAACUUCCAGCCUUUUCAGUUAGAAGGAAUCGAAUGAAGUCCAUAAAUGUCUUUUUUAUUUCUUUUUUGAAUCUUCGUUUGGAAAUUGCGCACAAGGAGCGUGAAAAAAAAGUUAAAAGCGUUUGAAAACUUUAGAAAAAUCAGUUUUUUUAUCGAAAUGACUUUUGAAGGUGAUCAGUAGCAAAAAGAAUUUUUUUUGGAAUUGAUAUGAUUUUCCGAAAAUUCAGGACUUGAACUAAUUAAUAACCGUUCGUGGCAAUUCAAUAAAAAUCAAAAUUACACAUUUCUUUUUUUAGCAAACUUAAUAAAAAAAAAAUGGCACUACGGUAAGACACGCCAAAAUGCGGACUUUUACAUACCGUACUCUUCAGAAAAGGAGCACCCUUGUCGUAUAAGCAAUGGAAUUUGAAUGUGCUUAAUUUUCAGAGCGCAAUCGACGUGAUCGUCAUGUCGUCGGUUUGGCCCCACCGUGGGGUCGUGAUGAUGAAAAAGGCUCUGAUGUACGUGCCGUUCUUCAACAUUGCCAGUUAUUGGGUAAUUUUCGGUUUUAUUUUUGAAAUCAGUAUUGAAAUAACCUAUGAAUGAACCGGAUUUGGUCCAGAUGUUUUUUUCAAAAAAAGUAUAUUUUUAGGGUGCUAUAAUUACCGUUUUUCCAUUCUGAUUUUUUUGAAAAUUGUCCUUAAAUCUUGUGAAAUUAUAGAUAUGGGUGUUUGAAGUUUGAAAAAAAUUUGACCGAUCUUAAUUUUUUUUUUUUUCACAGACUUCUUUGGCGUUUUUGUAGCCCAAUUGGGAACUAUCACAUUUUCGAAACUCCAGAUUGUUUUGGUGCCAUUUUCAGAAGAUUUUCAGGCACCUAGACUUCUGAAAAAGCAAAACAAAGUCCAAAAUCAGAUAAAUAUUUGUCCUCUUCUUCAUAUUUUUCCAAUCGCCAAACUUUCCCACGACGAUUAGAAUGGGAAAAAUAAUCGGUGUACGAUUUCGUAAGAUGUCUGGCAAACAGUCGCUGUCAAUCUCUUUUCCUUGUUUGAAUUUGAAUUCGGCCUGCUUUUUUUCUUUUUUCUCCGAGGGGUCAAUGUUAUUUUGCGGAGAGAGAUCAACAUGUUUUCAUGGAGAAUGGAGAUCAGAGUUUGGUUUUUGAAUGAGAUCGAGAAAAUUUAGGAAAAAAUCGAGUUGGAAUGGGAUUUUUUUCAAAAAAAUAAAGAAGCCGGAAAAAUCCUAAUAAAAAAAUUUGUAGAUUUGUUUUUAACUUUAGGUGGAAGAUUGACAAUUACUGGAAAUUUUUUUAAAAAAAUUUCUGAAAAAAAGAAAAAAAUUAGCGGUGAAGUUCUAACCUUACUUGAAUUUUUUUAUUUUUUUAUUUUUUUCCUUUUUAUAAUAUUUUUUUCUAGCUUCAAACUCAGGGAUUUUUUUGAGAGUUCUCAGCUUUCGAUCAAAAACCAAGCAUAGGCUUCGUCAUCGGGGGAAAAAUUUAAAAAAAUGAUUUUUUUUGAUUUAUCAGAGAACUGUUCCAGCUCUAUAGAGAACUUUAUUUCUUUGAAAUCAAAAAUUUUUCCAGUUUUUCCUCUCAAAUUUCCGAGAAAUUUGAACUUUUUGAAUAGUUAUAGGAGUUUCAUGAAAAAAAAAUUAAGAUGAAAGUGGGAUUUUUACCAUCUCAGGAUCAGCCGUUGAAUGAAUCAAACUUUAAUUUGGAGCUAAAAGGAAACAGGAAAGUAAUCUUCAAAACUUUCAGGCGAACACGAUAUUCAUCGACCGGUUCAACCGGGAGCGCGCCAUGCAUUCCGUCGAUUACUGCGUCGAACAGCUCAAAAUCAGCGGAUUCAAGGUGAAAUUCAUCCGAAUGACCUGUCUGCGCUCUCUUUUCUCUCACCGGCGAGGUGAUGGAAGAGCAAGUGAACUGGAGAGGGUCGCUAAGGGCCAGAGAAAAUGUCUCGUUUCUCUGCAACUCUCUCGUUUUUCCGGUCUCUAAUCUGUUUUGCUAUUUUUCUCUGCACCCUCCUCAUCUCUCGGUGUCCCUCUCGUGUUGACUUGCUAUUUCCGGCGAGGAAAUACAGAGACGCAGACAGUUGAAGAGGAUCGGGAGGAAAACGGGCGGUCUCUUUGCGGCCUAGCCGGCGAGAGAAAAGAGAGCGCAGAAAAAUCAGAUCGUUUCGAGACCUAACGAAUGAAUUAUUCCGAACUUCUCGAAUUUUGAAUUUCAGCUUUGGGUCUUCCCGGAAGGCACUCGAAAUCGCGACGGCGGAAUGAUUCCCUUCAAAAAAGGCGCCUUCAAUAUCGCUGUCAGGGUAGGGAAUCCCCUUUGUCUACAAAAUUCGGCCGCAUUUGGAAUGGCUUGUGAUUCCAAAUGCCAACUCGCGAAAGUCGCUCCAAGUCGGACGCAAUCUUAAGCCAUUCCAAGAUCAAAAGAAUGUUAGGAAAUAGAGGAUACUAAAGCCAGAAAAAAUGCAAUAAAGUCCGUUCUCAGCAGUUUUUUAAGAGUUUAAAGGCGCAGCAUGCGCAAAUAUUAUUCUUCUAGUCGAUACUUUUCUCAAUAAUUUUCCUAUGAUCCUUCAAAAAAAAUGACGUUUUUUUUUCUGUUAAACCACAACACUGUUUCAAUUCGCGUUCUUGUGUUGGCCAACCCAUUUUUGUUCAAUGGGAGAUUUUCUUGAACCAUGUUGUAAAUUUCGGUCGGUUUUCAAAGCUUUUUGAAAUUUGCAUCGUUUUUUUUUUGGUUCAAAAUUUUUUGGGUCUCUAAAAUGUGUAGAAAUAUUGACUUUGGUUCAUUUUUAAGCUUCAAAAAUCAAAAAUUGUCGACCCAAAAAAUGAGAUUUUCUGUUUUUUUACGGUAAAUUCCUGUUCAAUUUUUGAAUUUGACCUCAAAUUCAAAUAUGUUAUGUAUGAAGAAGUGUUAAAUAAGGUUUGAGAGAAUUUUUUUUUUGUUCAAAAUAAAAAAAUGAGGGGAGAACAAAGAACAUUUUUUGACAAUUUAAUGAACAAUUUUUAUUAUUAAUUUAAAUGGUAAUCAUUCGAAAAGUUAAAAAUUAUAAUCGAACCUUUCAGACUUUCCAGAACGCUACAAAAGUUAAAUAACAAAAAAAAAUUUUUUCUUGAAUGAAAUACAAAAAAAUCAAAAAGUCACAUUGCCGUUUCAAAUUUCAUUUUUAAUCCGAUAAAAAAACUUUACUCUCAGUUCCGAUAAGUCGAAAUCUUUAAUAGUUCCAAUUAGUCAUUUAAGAAAAUUUACUGUUGAAAAAAAUAUUCCAAGAAAUUAGAGGAUUUACCAAGAGAAAUUUCAGGCCCAAAUCCCAAUAAUUCCCAUCGUGAUUUCCGAUUACCGGCCAUUUUAUUCGAAAAAUGGGAAAUAUUUCCGGACGGAUGGAGAAGUGAUCGCCCAGGUGCUGCCGCCCAUUGAUACUACUGGGGUGAGUUAACGGAAUAAUCAAUAUUUUUGAGGAACACAGAGAUUUUUGGUAAAAAAAAUUCCUAUCGUAGAUAGUGAACGACCUCUUGAAUAUUUAGAACCAAGUUUUGUUAGGCUCCGCCCACUUUCAGUCUUACUGUGGAAAAAACACCGUAAGAGCCCAAUUUUUUUUCUAGUGCACAAAAUUGGUCCAAACCAACUUUAAAACAAGAUAUGUUCUUACAACACCCUAAUGCGUCGAAUAAAAAAUAAAAAUCUAAACGUUCCGGGGUACUAGUUAUGGCUUAAAAACCACGAAAAUCGUCAUUUUCAAAUACUUCAUUUUUUCUUCUUCUGAGAGACGAAGUGUUACUGGUCAGUUCUAAUAUGAGAAAUUUUAAUAUACUACCUUGUUUUAAAAUGGUUUCAACCAAUUUUCCCCUUCAGGAUUUGCUUUUACGGUAUUAUUACAACAGUAAGCCUGAAGGUGGGCGGAGCCUAAAAACCUGGUUCUAGAUAUUUAAGAGGUUGUUCACUAUCUAUGAUAGCAAGAAGAGUUCUUAAAUUUCCAUGGGUAGAUAAACUUUAAAAAAAUAGGAGAAAUUAAAAUAUAACUUGUUCAAAUUAUUUUUGAAAAAGGUAAAGAUUUUUUUGUUUCAAUGAUAACUUUUACAAACUUCCUUCCUUCUUAGAAAUUUUAGUGGGGUAUUUGUCCAAAAAAAUUCAAAAAAAACCUAUUAUUCCCAAUUUUGAAACAUUUCUACAACCACCUGGCUCGAGACAAAAAGCCUGAAUCUCCAAUUAGAAAAAAAAAAUCGAUAAUUGAGAAAAACUGACUUCCAGCUGUCCCUCGACGACGUCGCCGACCUGAUCGAGAAAACUCGGUCGAAAAUGUUGGCCGUCUAUGACGUCAUCAGUCCCGAAGUCAAGCACCUCAUCGAAUCCAAACGAAAAGACAAGUCCGAGUGA